ACUGGUGAACAAGCCGUGGGCAAUAGUCGACGGUCUCUCUGAGGGGCGUAGAAUUAUCUCUGUAGACUCCGGCUAUGCCUGCGACACCUUUGACGCCGGGGGAGGACCAGGAGAAGCUGCUGGACGAUGCCGUCGCCGUUGUUAAGGUCCAGGCCUUCCAGAUGAAGCGAAUGCUCGACAAAGACAAACUCAUGGAUGCUCUGAAGCACGCAUCCAACAUGCUGGGCGAGCUUCGGACGGCCUUACUGUCGCCGAAAAACUAUUACGAGUUGUACAUGGCAGUGACGACCGAGUUAUGCCAUCUUGAGAUAUAUCUACUGGACGAGGUCGACGAACACAAGGGCCGUAAGAUGAGCGACCUCUACGAGCUGGUUCAGUACGCCGGCAAUAUCAUUCCCAGAUUGUAUCUGCUGAUAACGGUCGGUCUCGUGUACAUGAGAGCGCAUCCCGGAUCCCGGAAAGACAUCCUGAAGGAUCUCGUGGAAAUGUGUCGCGGAGUGCAACAUCCUCUCCGAGGCUUAUUCCUUCGAAACUAUCUGCUGCAGUGCACGAGGAACGUGCUGCCUGAUUCCGACGGAGUUGAAGAUACUCAAAACCCUCAGAAUCCUUUAUCUCCUGACGCGAGAGACGGUCUGCUGAUGUACACUCGUGAAAGCGAGAUCGGUAUGCCAGGCACUGUUAAGGACUCUGUGGAUUUCGUGUUGGCGAAUUUCGGUGAAAUGAACAAACUCUGGGUCCGGAUGCAGCACCAAGGCCACUCGAGGGAUCGAGAGCGCCGUGAAAAAGAACGCCAAGAGCUGCGGCUCUUGGUCGGAACUAAUUUAGUCAGACUGUCGCAGCUUGACGCCGUCAACCUCGACAGGUACAAGAAGAUGGUUUUACCCGGUAUACUGGAGCAAGUGGUCAGCUGUCGGGAUCCGAUCGCCCAGGAGUAUUUGAUGGAAUGCAUCAUCCAAGUUUUCCCCGAUGAAUUCCAUCUCCAAACACUGCAGUCAUUCCUGAAGUCAUGCGCGGAACUCCGUCAGCAAGUCAAUGUAAAAACAGUGAUAAUUUCGUUGAUAGAGCGACUUGCCGCCUAUGCAACUCGCGUCGAUGGUCCGGGAAUACCGGCCAAUAUCCCCCUGUUCGAGAUAUUCUCCGAACAAAUAUCUACAAUAAUUCAAUCUCGGGAGGAGAUGCCGUCGCAAGAUAUUAUUGCUCUCCAAGUUGCCCUGGUCAACUUAGCCAUCAAGUGCUACAAGGAUCGCAUCGAUUACAUCGAUCUAGUCUUGAACAAAACCGCGGAGAUCUUCGCGAGACAAGGUAUCAAAAGCGUUCAGAGCGACACACCUGUCGGCAAAGAAAUGCUCAAACUGCUCAGAAUGCCGGUCGACACCUAUAAUGAUGUCAUAACUCUCUUGAAACUUGAAAAUCUCGUGAGCUGCCUGGACAUGCUGGAUGUUAAAGGCCGGAAGACGAUGGCGAUCCUCAUAGCGAACAACAUGAUCGACAAUGAAACCAAGCUUACCACGACGGAUCAAGUGAACACCGUAUUGUCCAAACUCCUGGAUGUGCUGAUUCAGGCCGAGGGCGAGUCGCUAGAUUCUGUCGACAUCGAGGAUUUCGUCGAGGAGCAGAACCUCGUGGCGCGCCUCAUCAGUCUUAUGCAGUCGGACAGUCCCGACGAUCAAUAUUCGAUUCUGAAUUCAGCACGGAAAUUGUUGGCGAACGGUGGUCCUGACAGAAUUCGUUUCACGCUGCCGACGAUCGUCUUCCAGUUUCUUCAGUUGGCUGGGCGCUACAGUCAGAUUCGCGAAGAAGACGAAAAAUGGUCGAAGAAGGUUGCGAAGAUCUUCCAGCACGUACAUCAGACCAUCAGCGCACUCACCAAGGCAGAGGGAUGCAGUGCCGAUCUGACGUUGCGCCUCUACCUUGAAGCCGCUCAAGCCGCGGACAGAAUCGACUUCGCCGACCACGAAACCGUGGCGUACGAGUUCCUCUCACAAGCGUUCAGUCUUCUCGAGGAAGAAGUUUCCGAUUCGAAAGCCCAACUGGCCGCCAUCACCCUCAUCAUUGGCACUCUGCAGCAGAUGUCGUGUUUCAGCGAAGAGUCCCACGCUCCUCUGCGGAACCAAUGCGCAUUGGUAGCUGCUAAUCUGCUGAAAAAACCCGAUCAGUGCCGAGCGGUGUCUACGUGUGCGCACGUGUUCUGGUCCGGCAAAACCAACUCGGGACAAGAGUUGCGCGACGGAAAGCGCGUGGCUGAAUGUCUCAAGAAGGGUCUGCGUUUCGCUUCCCAAUGCAUGGACAGCGGGGUCCAGGCGCAGCUUUUCUGCGAGCUAUUGAACAGUUACGUUUACUUCUUCGAGAAGGGCAACGUCGAACAUAUCAAGGUGGACACACUUAACCAGCUGAUCGCCAAAAUCAAAGAACUCAUGCCAACGGUGGAAAAAUGUGACGAGGUAGAACAGAUCCAGGCUCAUUUCGAACGAACCCUCGAACGUCUGUCGUCGAAGAAAGGCGAACCCUUGUACGAGGGUCUCACGUUGUGAGCCCGAAGCCCGUGCGGUGAGCGAGCCCGAGCUCCACCUACGGGUGCAUCAUUUUCCGAGACUGCGAUGAUCCUGCCGUGGCCUUCGUGGGCUUCUGAUCGGAAGGGGAUUUUGCGGCGAGUACCGCGCGACGCGAUGCUCUCCCGCGGACAAUUCUAUCUUUUCGUAUCUUCGCAAAGAAGGCUACUCUUUUAUCAUGACCAUUAUAUGUGUUUAUCGUUCGAUGUUGUCGGAGAGGAAAUCGAAGAACUUCGGUAUGCAGCGAGAGUCCAUCCAUUUGGGUCAGUUGACGACGCCCGCGGGGGACAGGACAGUUGAGAUUUUGCGAGUUUCGCUUUCGUAUGAGUUCAACAACGGAUAAAAUAGUAAGAGGGGGGGUAAUUAUCGAAUAGAAUCCGGUGGUCGCGAUGUUUCCAAUGAGCUUCUCCGGGAGCCGAGGGCGGCCACGAAUAGACCGUUAAAGAAUGGAUGGAGCCUUGUAGUUAAAUGAGUAUCUUCGAGUUGAUUUAUUCUAAUUCUUAAUCCCGGAUCCAAAACGCUUCCUGGAGCUAUCGACGAGUCUGGACGCACAUGAAUGAAUAAAAUGAAGACAGU